CUCAAGAGGAUGUACAUAACCAUGGAAGCUUGUGCUUCUUAUGGGGCAAUGGUACUAAUUCAGUUCGCGUAUGGUGUAGGAAAUAUCCUAAUUAAAAUUGCUCUAGAAAAAGGACUCAAUCAAUUUGUCUUCGUGGUUUAUAGGCAUAUAAUUGCUAUGCUUUUGUUAGGCCCCUUUGCUUAUGUACUUGAAAGGAAGCAUCGCCCUUCACUCUCCUUCUCUGUGAUCACAAAGAUUUUUUUGCUUUCAUCAUUUGGCACUACCAUCCAUCUUAAUGUUUACUAUGCUGGUUUAGCCUACACUUCUCCAACUGUUGCAAGCGCCUUGAGUAAUGUUAUCCCUAGUUUGACCUUUCUCAUAGCAGUUGUACUCAGGAUGGAGACAUUGAAGAUAUCAAGUGCUAAAGGUCAAGCUAAGGUGUUGGGGACAGUCAUUUGCAUUGGCGGGGCACUUACAUUUACCUUCUGGAAAGGAGGAUACCUAUUAAAAGGCUUUGUGCCCAGGCCUCUCAUAGAUAUCUGUAGCACCAAUGCUUCUGCUUGCAAGUUGAGCCAUGGCAAGGACAACUGGAUCAAGGGUUCUGCACUUAUUCUGACUAGUCACAUAGCAUGGAGCGCAUGGUUGAUUCUCCAGGCUGUGGUCUCCAAAGUCUACCCAGCUCGAUUGUCUCUGAACACCUUGAUUUGCUUCUUUGCAUCAUUGCAAUCUUCUUUCCUUUCCCUGUUUUUUGCAAGGAAUCCAACCUUAUGGAAGCUGGAAUGGAAUAUGCAGCUAUUGACCAUCAUCUACACUGGAGUGGUGUUAUCAUCAUUAGUCUACUACCUCCAAACAUGGUGUAUCAGCAAAAAGGGUCCAGUUUUUGCAGCAAUGUUUACUCCACUACUCCUUAUCAUCGUUGGCAUAUUCUCAGCUAUUGCUUUUGCAGAGCGACUACACUUGGGCAGCUUGGUAGGAGCAGUUCUCAUCAUUGUGGGUCUUUACUGUGUGCUUUGGGCCAAAAAGGCAGAAAAUCUUGUCACUGGGCAGCCAGAGAAUGGAAAAGGAUACGAUGAUAAGAAAAUGGUGGAGAUAUCCAUCAACGAGACAGCAAGGAAUUCUGUCACAGAUGAAACGAAAUGAAAAAGGUCCAUUUGUUGGAAAGUUAAUAGAUACAAAUCUGACUAUCAAAACCUAUUGUCAGUACAGCACCAAGUCAUGCUGGGAUCUCUUUUUCUGUAGACUUCUUAGAACCAGCUAAAGUCUUUCAUUCAAACUGCUGGGUAAAACAGCAUAGAUGCAUUAAGUUUUAUUUGAUUGUCAAGGAAACCGAUAUGAUCAUUUGGUUGAAGUAACUCUGUAGGACAAGAAAGUGCAGGAAGAUUCAAAAUAAUAACAUAAAUGAUCAAACUUUUCCAUCAGCCAUGCCCUUUUUCUUUCCCUUUCAAAUUCAUCUCCCUCUCAUAUUUGUAAAGAAAUCUCACAAACGAAGUGACAUGCCAGCCCCUAAUACUUUGUCGUCAUUUAGUCCUUUAAACCCUUUCAAACCAUCAUCUCCUAGAAAUAGAGCAGAAUAAAGCAAUCCCAAGCAAGCUAACAUAUAAAAAUAAGCAUAGUACAACAAAAUGAGAAGAUUGACCAUCCGAAAUUACAUACUAUUACCUAAAUCUAUUUUAAAUAAGAACACUUACAUAACUAAAUUGCAAGUUAUUACAUAGAACCACAUGCUUCAUAAAGAUGAUCAAGCGUGCAUAUUGUUGCAGAGAAGCAAAUGCACUACAACCAAGCUAUGAAACAUCACCAAUGACCUUAUUCUUUGAGUGUCUAUCUUGUCCAAUUCCUCAAAUCCGCGUUAAACAUAUUAG